CACAAGGCUUGAUUGCGAAGAUGUCGGCAUUGCAGACUUUCCUGCUGGUCGUGGACCACGACAAGCAGGAGGCAAAGCAGAUUGCUGAACGAAUUGCUCAAGAUGUGGAGAACAAGAAGACGACCCUCAUCGAAGUCGUACAGUCUUUGGGCGAAUAUAUAAACGAUGAAGACCCGAUUCUACGAGGCAAAGCCGUCUCCUACCUUACCGCCGUGAUCAUCGCGCUACCUCCGAAGUUCCUUACUCGACAGCAGAUCCAGGUCUUGACAACCUUUUUCUGUGAUCGUAUCGAAGAUGGAGGGGCUGUUACGGGACUGGAAACGCUGCAGAAGUUGGACCGUUUCACCAAGGAGCUGGCUGAGGAAGUGGCACGAGCUAUCUUCGAACACUUCCAAGAACUGCAGUCUCGGUCACAAUCGCAAAGAUUCCAGGUUUACCAACUACUGAACGAAUUGAUGUCCAACCACCGAGCAGCCCUGCAUGAAAUGGGAGAGGACUCUCUGGUUGGAACCGUGGAUAUCAUGACGGGUGAAAAAGAUCCCCGGAACCUGAUGCUCGUCUUCUCUAUCCUGAAAGUAGUGAUGGUCGAAUGGGAUGUCUCGAACCAUGCGGAGCUUCUAUUCGAUUCUGUUUAUAAUUACUUCCCAAUCACGUUCAGACCCCCGCCGAAUGAUCCAUAUGGUAUCACCGCGCAGGAUCUGAAGAGCCGCUUGCAGGACUGUAUCUCGUCCACAGGCCAAUUCGCCCCUUACGCCAUCCCUUCGUUGUUGGACAAACUUGACUCGACAUCACCAAAUGUCAAGAAAGAUGCCCUCAAUGCAUUGAUUGCCUGCGUGCGCUCGUAUGACCCCGAUACUGUGUCCAGAUACUCGAUUACUAUCUGGGAUGCUCUUAAAUUUGAAAUUCUCAACGCACAAGAAGAAUUCCUUUCCGAGCUCUCUCUUGAAGUUUUGAAUAAUAUCACGAAGCGACUGUCGGAAGGUGUCACGCAGAUCUCUGAUCAAUUGCCUCUAGCACAAUACCUGCGACCCAUCACCAGGGAAUGCAAUGAUCAGUUGCGGGAACCUCAACAAAAACAGGCAAAGCCCGCUCAACAGAUCCUCGGCUCUGUUGCGACUGCCUCUACUGCGUCAUUCGCCUUGGCUGUAAAAACAAUUGUUGCGCCGCUUUUGACUAUCUAUCAGGAAGCCGAUGGAAUAGCCAAACAAAGAGCUUUGCUGGAGACCCUCAUAGUUCUUUUCGAUUCCGCUAUCCAGGUGUUUGGCGAAUGGAUAACACGGGACCCCGAGCCUGCUGCCGAAAACCCCCUUCUCGAGUUUAAGGACCAGUUUUCCGAAAUUUUUGGCCAGGCGUUAAUGGGCGUUAUCAAAGAGGAGGUGUCCUUCCGGGUUUCCGCUUUGAAGGGAUUCCUGCGCCUGUCCACCCUGCGCAAUUACUUCCAAGAUAACGAAAUUGGUCUCUUCGUACAAUACCUCGACGAGAUUCUGCUCAAAGAGGAAUCUGUGGGCCGUGAUGACCUUAAGAAGGAGGCUAUUUCAGCAUUGGCAGAACUCUCGAAGUACAAACCAAGGCUUAUCAUGGACAUUACCUUCCCUGCCUUUGUGGCAACUCUUCCCGACUCGGAUGACGACACGAACUCUGAUUAUUUAACAACUCUUGAGAACCUUGCGCAAAUAAGCGUUGAAAAGGACAUCUUCGAGACAUUGGUCCGGCGGCUACUUAGCAAGUUGACCGUUCUGCUGCAGAGGGAGCAAUCGGGUUCCGCAGCGUAUCCGAGAGCAAUCCUCUUGACCAUCUUCUAUGUCAUGAGCCAAAGGAAGAUGGACCAAGAUCCGAACUUGGGUGUCUACUAUGACAAGAUAGUGAUCGGUUUGUGCCGCAGUGUGGCUGAUUCGGCUUCAGGAAAAGCUAAGAACAGCAUCCUCGCCGAUGUCACCGUGUUGGACAUCCUCGGAAGACUCUGCAAUCUUAUUGUCAGAUCGCUUCCCAAGGAAAAGCAGGACGAAGUCGCAGAGAACGUCUACACCCUGUUUUCUCCGGCAGACAGCUUUUCCCCUGUCCCAUUUGCGCAAACCACGGAUGCCAACCAACAGCGCACAAUGAUUAUAUCAACGUAUCUCCUCGCGGGACUCCCAGCUGACUGUGCCAAGCUGCCAUACAGCAGCCCUAACAUGUCUGCUCUGCUCUCUGACAUCACGAAGCGUUCCAUCACGGAAUGCGAGCCAUCUACCCAUAUCGCACUCCUUCGUCACCUGGCUCUCCUCGUCAACAAAUUCCUGCCAAAGACGGAUCUCGGCAUUGCCUCGGACCUCUUCGACUCCAUCCUCCCCCCAGGCGCCGAAGCAGAGAAACUCAGCCCGGAGAAACUAGCCACUAUCCUCUGGCUCUCCAAGGCCCUCGUUCUCCGCCUCGCCCCUAAAACAACCCAACUCCUCACUUCUCUUCUCGCCCUCCUCUCCUCCCCCGACGAAUCUACCAGCACGACCGCCGCCCGCGGCUUCGCCAUCCUCCUCCGAGACGACGACGUCCUCUCCCCCGCCAACGGCGCCAACAUCCGCCUCCUCUCCAAGCAGCGCGUCUUCACCACCCUGGUGCCUCUCAUCUCCACCAGAAUCCGCGAGGUCAACGUCAGCGUCAACGCCGACUCGUCGUCCGCCCCCUCUUCCUUCUCCCACAUCAAGCCCGCCCACCUGACCGCCCUCUCCGGCAUCCUCUCCACCAUCGCCCCGUCCCUCGUCAUGCCGGAACUCCCCACCCUCCUCCCCCUGCUCCUACAGACCCUCGACCUCCAAACCGCCGACUCGCAGGCCGUCCGCUCCGCAACCCUCGACACCCUCGCCGUCAUCAUCCGCGAGAACGGCGUCGGAGUCAUCGAGAACUGCGGCCACGUGCAGAGCCUCGUCACCCGCCUGCUCAAAACAACCCAGUACGUCCCUGCCGGUUCCGUCUCCGUCAACGGGACCAGACUGCGCGCCGACGCGCUCAAAUGCCUCUUCCUGCUGGCGCAGACCCCCUCGUCUGAUGCACCGGCUGUCGCCAAGGCAGGGAAGCUGUCUCCGCUUCUGCCGGUGAAGAAUCAGGUGCUGCGGUCGUUGCGGAUGGUUCUGGAUGAUCCGAAGCGUGAUGUGCGGAAGGCGGCUGUUGAUGCUCGGGGCGCUUGGUUGAGGGGCGUGGAUGAUGCGCCUGACGAGGAGGAAUAGAUAGAUAAAUAGAUAGAGGGGUUGAUCCGGCUUUUUGAUUUCGUUUCCAUCUGGGUAUCUAGGCUUGGAUACCCUUUGAUCCAAUUGCUCUUUCUUGCUUUCAUUUAUAUUUGAUGAUACGUUUCGGCUCAAAUGAAGAUGAUGACACUAGUUAGAUAGUAUAG